UUUUCCCCCUAGCUUUGCUCAAGUUUCUAGUAGGUGGAACAUUUAGUUAGUGGACUUUAUUCAAGCAGCAUAUUUUCAACUUCUGUUUGAAACAAGAUCUCACUUGGAGCAGUCAGAAGAGAACAUUACGUAGUAUCAGCAAUAUCUAGCUCCUAAAUGUAUCUUGCUUCCAAGACCAAAAAAUGAAAUUUCCAAUAAAGAUUACUUUACUUCUAUUGUGGACUGUCUGUGCUGCACAAGACUGCUAUGAUGCUCCUCCAAGAAAACCUACAGAAAUUCUAACAGGGACAUGGGCUGAGUCAGUAUAUAGAGAAGGUACACAAGCUACUUACAAAUGUCGACCUGGAUAUAGAACACUUGGAAGUAUAAUCCUGGAAUGUAUGAAUGGAAAAUGGGAGUCUGUUUACCCAAAAAGAGUAUGUAUGAGAAAGCCCUGUGGUCAUCCUGGCGAUAUUCAGUUUGGUUCUUUUGACCUUUUGGAAGACACUGAGUUUUUAUUUGGAUCACGGGUUGUAUAUAAAUGUGAUGAAGGAUAUCAGUUGGUAAGCCCAGUUAAUUUCCGUGUAUGUGAAGCAGAUGGAUGGAGCAAUGAUGUCCCUUUCUGCGAAGUGGUUAAGUGUUCACCAGUGACAGCACCAGAAAAUGGAAAAAUUUCCACAAGUUCAUUUGACCCAGAACAGGAAUUUACUUUUGGCCAAGUCGUACAGUUUGAAUGUAACCCAGGCUUUAAGCUGAAGGGGCCUAGGGAAAUACACUGCUCAACAGGUGGUGAUUGGAAUGAAAAAGAACCUCAAUGUGUAGAAAUUUUCUGUGAAAUACCACGCAUUGAAAAUGGGAAUAUUUUAGCUGUGAAACCAAUUUACAAGGAGAAUGAACGGCUACAAUAUACAUGUAAUGCAGGUUUUUCACAUAAUGAACGAGGAGAUGCCACUUGCACUAAAAAUGGUUGGACUCCAGUUAUGUCAUGUAGAGAAAUCACAUGUAAUCCCCCAUACCUGGUUAAUGGGAAUAUACAACCUAAGAAAGAUAAAUAUAGAGGAAGUGAUGAAAUCUCGUACCAGUGCACAAAAGGUUUUUACCCACCACUUACUGGAAAUAAGGCAAAAUGUACAUCUGAAGGCUGGUUACCUCUUCCAAGAUGUAACUUGAGACCUUGUGAUUAUCCAGAAAUUGAAAAUGGAGAACUUUAUAAGCCACAUUGGUACAGCCAGGAAUACUAUCGAAGGUUGUUUCCAGAAUCUAUUGGAAAAGUAAUGUACUACCAUUGUAACAAAAAUUAUGUACCUGCUCAAGGAUCUACCUCAAGCUAUUGGACACAAUUUUCUUGUACUGAAGAAGGAUGGUCUCCAGUGCCUGAAUGCUUUAGAGAGUGCCACCUUUAUUCAAUAGAAAAUGGUCAUUUUUGGCCAAAAAAAGGUCAUUAUAAGGAAGAUGAAGAUAUAACAGUUCAAUGUAAUUAUGGCUACAGUCUUCCAAAUAAUCACAACAAAAUUACCUGUACCAAACAAGGCUGGUCUACUGAAACAAAAUGUAAAAAGAUCAAGACAUGCACACUCAGAAAUUAUUUUGAUAAUGGAUUUUUUUCUGAAUCAAAAACAUAUUACCUUAUCAACACAGCAGCAAAAUAUCAAUGUAAAGAAGGAUAUGCAACAACAGAUGGAAAAAAAGAGGGAUUUAUCACAUGUGGGCAACAAGGGUGGUUGAAUCAACCAAAGUGUAUCAAAAUUUGUGAUAUUCCACAAUUUGAAAAUGCCAGAUACAAUGGAAACAAGACAUUUCUGAAUCCUAAUGAAAGAUUAGAAUAUGAAUGCCUGGAUGGAUAUGAAAUCACACGUGGGCAAACUAUAGGUGUCAAAGUAUGUGAUGUUGAUGAGUGGCCUAGAACACUUGAAUGCUAUGAAAAAUCAUGUCAUCUACCUAUUCUACAAAGAAAUUUAUAUCCUGAUCCCAAGCAAGACAAAUAUAAAGUUGGAGAUGUGCUGACAUUUCGCUGUUUGAAUGGAUUAAAACUAGUUGGACCACUUUCAGUGCAGUGUUACCACUUUGGCUGGUCUCCCAGGAUUCCUACAUGUGAACAGAAUGUAAAAUGUUGUGAGCAACCACCUGAAGUUGUGAAUGGGACACUUAAGGACUCAAACAAUAGGACAUAUUGUCACAAUGAUGUAGUAGAAUAUAAUUGUGAUCUUGGAUUUAUGAGGAGAGGACCCAAGAAAAUACAAUGCAAUAAUGGAGAAUGGACAAUCUUACCCACUUGCAUUGAGGAAGAAAGAAGAUGUGCAGAAGUACCUAAACCUGUCCAUGGUCAUGUUCAGACUACUAACGUGUCAUAUUCUCAUGGGUCUUCAAUUGAAUAUGACUGUGAUGAAAAUUUUACAAUGGUUGGAAGCAAAAGAGUUACAUGUAAUCAAGGAAAUUGGACACAACUCCCUAAAUGCAUUGAAACAUAUCAACUUGGAAAAUGUGCACCAAAAUUUUUUGAAGAUUUGCAAGUCAACCUAUACCACAAUAAAUUGGGUAAUAUUGUUGUUAAUUAUAGCUGUAACUGGAAUUCAGAAUUCAAAAGUACAGAAUGUACGCGUGGAAAAUGGUCUCCCAAACCACAAUGUCCAAAAAAGGAAUCAUGUGCACCUCCACCUCAAAUACCUAAUGCUCAGGAAAUGAGUACAAUAGUGAACUACGAGCAUGGUGAAAAAAUAGUUGUUUUUUGUAAAGAAAAUUACCUUCUUCGAGGACAAGAAGAGAUAAUAUGUAAAAAUGGACAGUGGCAUUCAAUACCACAUUGUAUUGAAAAACAACCAUGUUCUAAACCACCUGCUAUACAAUAUGGAGCUGUUAAACAAGUGACAAGUUCAGAAGCCGAUGAUGACAAUUUGGAAUCCAGUACCUAUAAGCAUAAUACUAUAUUAAACUACACGUGUCAAGAAGGUUUCAAGAUGAUAGGAAGAGAGGAGAUAAUAUGCAAUAUGGGAAAAUGGAGCUCACCUCCACAAUGCAUUGGAAUUCCAUGUAGAAAACCACCUCAAAUACCAAAUGGUGCAGUUCUUAAUGAGUUAAACACUUAUGAGUUUGGAGAAGGAGUGACAUACAAAUGUCAUGAAGGUUUCAACAUCAAUGGGUCAGCAGUUAUAACAUGUAUUGGAGGGAUCUGGCCUAAUCCACCCCAAUGUAAAGAUGUGAGAUGUACACGUCCACCCCAGUUUAAUAACGCUGACAUGAUUGGUAUUUCAAGAAGGUACUAUUUUCCAGGAGACAAAGUGACUUAUCAGUGUCUNCCAAAUUUCCAGUCUGAAGGCUCGGCUGAAGUAACUUGUAUAGGAGGCUCCUGGAAAGGGGAUCCACGAUGCAGAGAUAACUCUUGUGGAUAUGCACCUCAAAUUCAAAAUGCUGAAAUUAUUAGUUUUACAAAGUCACGAUAUCAGCCUGGUGACACAGUGAGUUACAAGUGUGUUCGACCUCUUAAAAUGUAUGGAAAACCAGAUGUAAUUUGUAUAAAUAAGACAUGGUCAGAACUUCCUCAAUGCAAAGAGGAAGUAGGAAAAUGUGGACCACCUCCACCUAUAGAUAAUGGAGACAUCCUCUCCUUCCCAUUAUCUGAAUAUGCUCCAGAGUCAAGAGUGGAGUACAAAUGUCAAAAAUUUUAUGUACUACAGGGUUCCCAAUUUGUGACAUGCAAAAAUGGAUUCUGGACAAAGGAACCAACAUGCCUAGAGGCAUGCACAACAUCAAAUGACAUAAUGAUGAAACAUAACAUAGAACUUAGAUGGCGAGACUCUGAAAAAGUUUAUUCAAGAACAGGACAAGAAGUGGAAUUUAGAUGUAAAAGGGGAUUUCGUAAAGCUUCAAAUUCACCUCCAUUUAGAGCAAGUUGCAUAGAAGGGAAAAUCAAUUAUCCCAGAUGUAUAUAAAGAAUUUUUCACUGUGCUACAGAAAUAACGAAGGACAAUGCCAUCAGCUAUAUCUUACCACUGUUUGGAAAUGACGACUAGAACAAAUGCUCAGCCUCAAUCUGCAGGAUUUGAUCAUUUUCUACUUUGUGAUAAAUGUUUUGAUUUAAUUGUA